AGAUGAUGGACGGGCUUUGGGUUUUUUUUCUCUUCUGGGCAUUUCCUGAAGCUCGACUGAAACUCAUGCAAAUCCCAACCGCCAUUUCCUCCAUUCUCCCAUAGAAAAGAAAGGUUCCUCUCUUUAAUUCUUCUCCGAAUUGCUACUUCCCCUCUUUCUUGGUGUAUUUAUCGGUCCGGUCUUGCCCUCACCAUAUAAAUUUUUAUCUUUGUCGAUGAUUGCGAUUUGCGAAUGGAUUGGGUUGUUAAUUAUAGUUCAUGAGCGCCUUAGUUAUGUUCGACGUAAUGCUUUGAGCUUUUCUCGUUGAAUGUGUUGGAGUGUGAAGGGGGGGUUCGAGAGAUUGAUUAAUUGAUUUUGCAUAGAUUUGAUUUAGAGAGGGGUGUGAGUGUGGAGAUAAUUAUGGGAUCUCAGGGCGGUGGUGGGAGCGGUGAAACCCAUACCCAUAAUCAAGGCCCGAAAUCAAAUGGAUUGGAUAGGCAAGGAUCACUCUACACCCUCACUCUCGAUGAGGUUCAGAAUCAAUUAGGGCAUUUGGGAAAACCCCUGACCAGCAUGAAUCUCGAUGAGCUGCUCAAGAGUGUGUGUACUGCUGAGGCAGCUGAUCAAGGAAUAAAUUUUGGAGUUGCACAGCAUGCUUCCUAUCAAGAUCAUAACUUUUCUGGUGAUCUUAGCAAGAAGACUGUUGAUGAGGUGUGGCAGGGUAUCCAGGAGGGGCAGGAGAGAAGUGAUCUUGAUAGGAAAGCCACUCUGGGUGAGAUGACACUUGAGGAUUUCUUGAUUAAGGCCGGAAUAGUAUCGCCCGGAAUGAAAAACUCAGGACCGGUCCUAGCGGCUGAUUCAAUGGCAUUGCUACAGCUCAAUACUCAAUGGCCAAACUAUCAGACCCCAACAACUAUUCAGCAGUCACAGCAGCCCAAUAUGCUGCCCGUUUUUAUGACAGGUCAGCAGCCGCUGCCUGUGGUUCCUAACCCCAUGAUGGAUUCGAGUUAUUCUGAGACACCGAUGACCAUGUCUCCAUCUCUUAUGGGAACGCUGUCCGACACACCAGCUUCUAGAAGAAAGAGAACUGCGCCGGAAAUUGUGGUUGAAAAAAGUGUUGAAAGGAGGCAGAAAAGGAUGAUAAAGAACAGGGAAUCUGCCGCCCGAUCACGUGCAAGGAAGCAGGCUUACACACAGGAGCUUGAGAGCAAGGUUUCUCGUUUAGAAGAAGAGAAUGAGAGGCUUAAAAAACAGAAGGAGGAGGAGAAUCUGCUGCCUUACGUCCCACCUCCAGAGCCAAAGUAUCAGCUGCGCAGAACAAGCUCGAAUCCUUUUUGACAACAAAACCUGUGAAUGACAACCGUAUAGCUGCUGCUGCAUAUAAUUUCUUGUCACUCCAACUCUCAUAAAGUAGUGUGAGCUCUUCCUCUUCCUCCUCCUCCUCACACCCCAACCCGUGUUUGAGAUGCAUGCCUUGAGAAUGUCUUCCGGAGCUUUUGUUGGUUUUAACAUUACGCUUUGGCUUCCUCUCCGAUGCACUCUUAUGAGUUCUUUUCUUUGUAUGUAAAUUUCAUAGCUUUAAAACUCGAAGCAUGUUAGAACAUAGUUUUUGUAGUUCUUCUGCUCCCCGCAAAUGCUCUGCGGGAUCAGAUUUCUCGUGUAAUUCGUAGAGUUCUUUUACCUUAGU